CCGCGUACUGUCGUUCGCGAACUAUUUGAAAACUAUUCACGAAAACACUGGCCGCAAACAAUGCCGCGACGUUAUCUAUAAAAAUAAAAUAAUAAAAAAGUACACCUGUCAAAUUUUCCCGCCAAUAAUGGCAGCCGUGAAAAAAGUUUUGACACAAAAAAGUUUAGUUUGUAAAAGUUUUACAAUGUGUUAGAUUAAGUUAGGAUAGUGAAUUCAUGUAAAUACGAGUAUGUUGCUGUAUUGGAAGAGGGUGAUUUUGGCUGCUGCACUCACGUCAGUUUUGGAUGUCAACAGCGAGUCCCUGUUCGGAAACAAUGAACACACAAAGCAGUUGUUGAGUCAUCUAACAGAGUCUGAGAAAAUAUUCUUUUUCGGUGCCAAUCCUAAUGAUGCCGAAUUUGAUCUAGCCCAUCUAAAACACCCGAAGCGCCGCAAGCGUUCCCUAUUCUACGAUGACGAAGACCUAGUCGUACUAAAGAAACACCUAGACGUGAAGCUAAGUCCCAGAAACAGUUUCCUAGACCCAGAGUUCCUGCUCAUGAGGAGAUGGCUCAACAGUACCGAGGCUGUGCUGGACCAGCAUUCUGAUGAGGAGCUGGAUAGUUGUUAUUAUAAGAGCGAGAAUGCUGCGUUGUUUGCUUGUAAUGAUGUGAGAGGUUUAGUCAAAUCCAACGACAGUUACUAUUUAAUUCAUCCACUACCAGAAAGGUUCCACAAAACUGACUCAAAAGUACAUAUCAUAGUUAAGCGUAAGAUAACUGAUUCAAAUAACGAUAAAGAAGAAUCCGAAGACACUUGUAUAGAAAGAGAUGAACUCAAUACCUCAGUUGAACCUCAAUCUUCACGAACAUGGACCAAACACAGGAGAAAAAGGGAGGUGGAUACUGAAUCAACAAGCAAAACUAGUUUAGAAGACUUCAAAUUGAAUUUAGACCAUAGAAAUAAAACCAUCGGAGCGUUUCUUCAGAAACUAGUUCCAGACACAAAAAGACAGAAAAGAGCAAUCCUACCAGCGAUUUUUGUGGAAACAGCAGUAUUUGUUGAUAGAGAUCUUUACAAGCAUAUGACAGUGAAUUUCCCAAAAGACACAGAGAGGGAGUUAGUGAGAUUUGUUUUAGCUAUGAUCAAUGCAGUGCAGUUGAUAUACCACGACCCAUCUCUUGGGAGACCAGUGAAUUUUAUUUUGAAAAGGUUGGAAAUUCUGCACGAAGACCCAGUGAAUUUGAAGCGGCCUCAUGACAUAGAUAGGUUUUUGAGCAAUUUCUGCACAUGGCAAAGGCUGGAGAACCCUCCUGGUGACAAUGACCCGUUGCAUUGGGACCACGCUUUGAUUCUGACAGGACUGGACUUGUACGUGGUGAAUAAGAAUGGGAAAGUCAGCAGUCAAGUUGUAGGACUGGCACCAGUAGCAGGGAUGUGCACAGUGACUAGCAGCUGUACAGUGAACGAAGGAAGGCACUUCGAGAGCGUUUACGUCGUGGCACACGAAAUUGGACACAAUCUGGGCAUGCGGCACGACGGUCCCCAAGCGGACAACGGCUGUGAUCCGAGCGCCUACAUCAUGAGCCCUACCCUGGGCAGCGGCAAGAUCACCUGGUCGCAGUGCAGCAAGAACUACCUCCAGAAGUUUCUAGACACGGUGCAAUCCAGAUGCCUGCUGGACCACGGUAACUCAGCAGGACAACUGGACCAUAGCGCCGAAGGGAUCCUACCGGGAGAACGAUUCGACGCUGACCAACAAUGUAUGCUAAAAUACGGCCGUGGAAGUCGUCAUUCAGCCGCCCAAAACCUGGAAGAUAUCUGCAGAGAUUUGCACUGUCAACGAGAGCGGUACACCUGGACUUCACACCCAGCGCUUGAAGGCACGAAGUGCGGGGAGGAUAUGUACUGCCGCGGAGGCGAGUGCGUGGAACGUGAGGGAUCCACCAUCCGCCGAGGAUCAUGGGGCCGGUGGUCGGGCUGGUCUGAAUGCGCUUCAGCUUGCUUACUAGACGAUACACACGCACCGGCUGCUGCUGGGGUCUCUGUGGCUACUAGGAAGUGUAAUAGGCUCAGGCAUGACAACGGCAAUAACUACUGCGCAGGACACGACAAGAAGUACCAGUCAUGCCACGCUCAACAGUGUAACAACGUACCAAGGAUGACUGUGAGACAGUUCGCGGAUCAGAUUUGCUUGAGGGCGAGAGAUGUAGACCCCGAUCUCAUAGGAACUGGUCUGCAGAGAAUAGACGUCGAUGACGUGAGCAGCGCAUGCGCAGUAUGGUGCGACACACGCGGCGGCGGCUACAAGUCGCGCGGUUGGACUCUACCAGACGGAACCGCGUGCUCACGCAUGUCUCCUAUGUUCUGCAUAUCCGGCGUCUGCCAGAAAUUCACGUGCACUGCCAGCAUUGACAACGAGUUCUCGCUUAAGCCUGGCGACUGCGAGUGGGAAGCAUUGCAGCUACAAACGGCCACGCCUUACACCACUCCUACAAAAUCAUCUGGCACAUGGCGUCGGGCCGUGGGCUCCCAGUGGCGUCCCAGCAGCGGCUGCCACUACCACUGCGUUACUCCAGGCGUGGGCGUGCGACUUGUACGCGCUGUGUCUGGCUCGCAGCAGACGAGCAUACAGCUGUGCCGGCCUGAUAGCACAAGGCCUGAUCUGGGCUGUACGCAGCGUAAGACGCCUUACCAGUACGCAACGAUGGUGUGCACCAAAUACAAGGAGAGAGUUAGAAGACUGUCCGGAUUGGGGAUGCAGAUAUCCCCAGUGCAAGAGGACCCCGACCGCCCUUGCCGCAUCGCGUGCCAGGACGAACGGGUGUCGCACCGGUUCUACCUGGUCAACGGGCACGAGGGCUGGUUCCCUCUAGGGACCUCCUGUGGGAAGAGGAACUCUUCCUACUGCGUCAGCGGGAAGUGCUUGGAAUUCGGUCCUGACAACACCCCCCUAUCCGAAAUGGUGUUCACGCUGCCACUACUCAAUCGCAACAGUACAGUUAGUCGCGUCACCGGGCGUUCUUCGCGACACAAACGUAGUCUACAUAGAGAGAGGAUCACGGUUAAGGCUACGCUGGACCAGCACCAUUUGGAUGACAUUAUUGCAAGACUCAAUUUUACACACACCGGCGCCGAGCAGAUGUUCCACGAAAGCAUCCCGGAGCACAUCGAAGUGGACUUCAGCAACCCGAUACACGUCGCGCCCGAGGACACCAUGCUCGGGAAGCCGCCCCGGCCCACGUGGGAUUAGUGCCCAGCAGUGGGAUUGAUUGCUCAUUAUGGACUGAAAUCAUCAACUCUGGCAUUGACAGAAGACAAGACUAACGGGUUUGAAAAUAUUAUGUGGGAUUCGUUGUCCCAGCUUUGGGAAUGUUUGCUGAUCACGGACUGGAAUUGCUACUCUUUCAUCACAAAUCUGCCGUUGAUAGAAGAAGCCCAAGUGUAUAUGGGAUUAAUUUGCCCAGCGUUGGGGAUAUUUGCUCAUAAUGGACUGAAAUCAUCACGCAUCUCUGCCAUUGCUAUCUACGUGGGAUAAGAUUGCCCAGCGUUGGGAGUAUUGGCUCAUCACGGACUGAAAUCUACUCUUUUAUUUUAUACGACUCUGCCAUAAACAGAAGACCAGACUCAGUGGAAUUCGUUUGCCCAGCGUUGGGAAUAUUUGCUCAUCAUUAUACGGACUGAUAUGGCUAUCGUUAACCGUAUGAUCUUUCUGAGUCAGCAGAGGCGAGAGACGAUGCUAAUGAAAACGUUGACUUUUUACUAUUAUGGACUUUCUUCAAAUCCACGGAAUAACUGCUAUCACUUGAAAAUGCAAUAAAAUUAUUGUUAAAUGAUUGUUAUAAACUCGCAAACAUCUUAAUUUUUAUACCACCGUUUCCAUGAGACAAAAGUAAAAAGUAAAAGCAGUCUAAAACUAGACUUUACCAUACGGAGAGAACUUUGAAAUGAGUUUACUAACCGAUCAAGUUAACUGCGCACACUGGAAUGCUACUCUCUCUCUCUCACUCACUCACCCCGCGUUCGUCCCGUUCGUACCAGUGACGUCACGCCCGCCAGGUGUGCAGUAACUCGACCGGGUUGUACAAAUGUCAUCCAUACAGACUUGUGUGGCGACGCCACUACAAACUAGUGACCAACAGAUGGCGCUGUCACUACUUCACUAUAGCAUACUCCGCCGCUCAUACAAACCUGCAUCGCGGUGACGGAGUUUUAGAUCCUGCCAAGUAGGU